AAGUGGUAUGCACUGUUGAGCGCUACAUCCCGAGGGGUUCGUGCUGAUUGUACGGAGAUUGUGACAGCUGGUUAAAUGGCAUCUCUUGACAAGGCAAGAACAAGAUGUAGGUCAGAAGAAGUGCAGUAUUAUCAUAAGGAGAAUUAUACUUGGAAUAUGGAAGAGGAAUGGAGGCAAUAGUGGCAGAGGAGGUCUAACAGAGAGAGAGAGGGUGAAGUAUCGAAGGUGGUAGGUGUGGUGAAGUUCUCAGAGCCCGAGGCUUGCACUGAGGGUCAGGAUAAAGAUGAGUCUGUGACAGUAGGUGAAGUUGUGGAAAAAGUGUACCCUUGCCUUUUGGCUGAUCUAUGUGUGGUUUCAGGGUGGGUGAAAACAGAGUUGGGUGUUGUGGAAUCAGUAAAGGUAACCAGAAGGGGUCUUGUGAUAAUUGUUUGUUUCUGCUGGUCAGAGGGAGUAGGCGCUCCGUGUUAAACGAAUGGGGGCAAGAGAUGUGAAUUAUUUUGCUCUCAAGAAAAGGGUGCCAUUGAAAGGUGUAAUUACUGGGUAGAAGGAAAUGUGAAAGCUGACCAACUGAAGGGGAAGAUUCCCGAUGUUUGUGAUGCUCAUCGUUUGGUGCAACGCAGAAAGGGUGGCAUGAGUGGAGAAACAGAAUAGUCAUUGUCUGUUCUUUUGAGUUUUGAUGUUGAGUCUUUGACCAACAAGGUGAUGUUAGCAUAUAUCAAUUAUCGUGUACAAGCUUUUGUGCUGAAUACAUUACGUUGUUACAGGUGUCAAGCUUAUGGGCAUGUGACAACAGUGUGUAGGAGGGAGUUUCCUAGGUGUGAGAAUUGUGCAGAAGGGCAUGAGACAAAAGAGUGUGUAGCAUUGGGAAAAGUAGUGGUAUUUGUUAAUUGUAGGGGUGCCCAUGGGGCUGGGUAUCAGAAAUGUCCUGUGCGAGAGAGGCAGGUUGAGGUUUCCAGGGUUAUAGUAGUGCAGAAGUUGUCAUAUGCUGAGGCAGUGAAGAAAGUAGAGGAAGAUGGGUCAUGGGGGAGGGAGUCGGUUGUACAAGUCAGUUGUCAGUUGUACAACUGAAUGCCUUCAACUGAAAUGUGUCUUCCUCAUUUAACCCAACCCCUCUGAAUCAGAAAGGUGUGAGGGGCUGCCUUAAUCGACAUCCACGUCUUCAGUGCCCGGGGAACAGUGGGUUAACUGCCUUGCUCAGGGGCAGAAAGACACAUUUUUACCAUGUCAGCUUAGGGAUUUGAUCCAGCAACCUUUACCAGUACUGAGGGAUAAACCAACAAGUGAUAUACGUUUGACAUUUAUAGCAAUGGUUAUCAACUGUACUGCGGGGAUGGAGCGUAAGUCACAGAAAAUAGAGGUUGUGGCAACAGCUGGAGAGAAGUAUUUGGGUGUGCGAGACUUGACAUCAGAAGAGUUACGCAUGGGUGGGCAAUUCCAGUCCUCGAGGGCCUGAUUGGUGUCACAGGUUUGCCCCAGCCCAAGCUAACACACCUGACUCCAAUACUCACCUAAUCAUGAUCUUUAGUUUAGAAUGCAAUUUGAUUAAUCAGCUGUGUUUGCUAGGGAUGGAGAACUAGUGUGACACCAAUCAGGCCCUCCAGGACUGUAGUUGCCUGACAGGGUGUGUCCUCUCAGGCUGUUGGCCUGAAGUAGGACUGAAUAGAUUUAAAUGGUGGAGUAUGGUAUUUGUUAUUUUUUGUGAGUGUAGCGUUAGAUGGUAGGGUAUUUGUUGUAUUUUUUAAAGGAAAGUAUGAGAGUUAUACUCCAGUCUAGUAGGUGGCGGUAAUGCAACAUUUGUUGGAUGCCAAUCGCCGUUAAGCCUAAUCGAAUAAGAAGUUGUUACAGCUGCUUGGCAGCUUUUUUACAUUUCAAUAUUAACAUUUGUCUUUAUAUAUUCGUGAGGUUGUUUGGCGACUGAAGUUUACUUCCAGAGGCUUGCUUCCGAGUGUCGUUGAUUAGGGUGUGGACGGAGCGCUUUCUGUGAGACAGCAGGUCCUAGUGAAGGAGCAGGUCUGUCUCUGUCUGCUGAGUCACUGCAAGCUGGAAGGAGCACUAGGCUAGCGGAGCAGACGACAGCAGAGCACCAUGACCCACCGGCUGUUUGAGGAGAAACACCAUGCCUCUAUCUACCAGAGGUACCGCUUUGUACCCCCAGAGGAGAUCAGAGACAUCAUCCUGCAUUACCUGGAAAGGAAGAAAGUCCAGCCUCAUGCCCUAGCUGUGGACCUGGGCUGUGGGACGGGGCAGAACUCACGCCUGCUGGCCCCACACUUCCAGGAAGUGGUGGGCAUCGACAUCAGCGAGUGCCAACUGGAGGAGGCCAGGGCAGUAGCAGGGUUCAACAACAUCACCUACAGGAAAGGGACAGCAGAGGAGCUGCCGUUUCCGGAUGGUUCUGUGGACCUACUGACUGCAGCCUCAGCGGCCCAUUGGUUUGACCAGGAGCGGUUCCUCUUGGAGGCAGGCCGGGUCCUGAAGCCUUGCGGCUGCAUGGCUCUGCUUGACUUUACUGAUAACUUCAGACUCCAUUACGGCUCAUGUGGGAACAGACUCACUGACAUCUUUAAUGAGGUCAAGAAGGUGCUGUUACCAUACACCAGCACACAGGUAGCAGUGUCCAACACCAAACUAAGGGAGCUUUACGCUGCUAUCCCCUUCCCUGACAAAGAGAGGAUUGAGUGUAUCCCACUGAAGCAGCAGAUCUCAGUGAGGAACAUAGUGGGCUUCAUGGAGUCCUUCUCCAUGUACCAGGCCUUCCAGAGGGCCGAGCCUGAUGCUGCCACUGCACUGCUGCAGAGAACACUCGACAGGUUUCUGAAGGAGAUGGGAGUCACAUCACCAGACACACUCAUGGAGGUGACGCUGGAGUAUUUCUGUGUCCUGGCGUCUAAACCGGAGUGAACACUCUUUACAGUGUGAAUAUGUUUGUGUGGAGACAGAUGUUUCUUAAGCUUGUGUCAAUCAUGUUUAAGCUGUUGUUAAUAGAAGUAGUAUUCUGUUCACACAAGAUGUCAUUGAAGUCCCUUUGGUUUUGUCUCUUUUCUUUUAUACAUUGUAAUGUAGAGCAAACUAUUAGCCUUAGUCACAUCAUUAUCAAAAUGGUUGCCACAUUUAGUAUCUUCCUUGCCUGAGAUUUACAAUAAAAUGUCUGUAGACACAA